AUGACCUGCAUUACCCACACUUCUCUUGCUACGCCGAAUAGUUCACCCGACGAUGUGUAUGCUAAAGACCACCAACAAAAGAAACAGCAACAACAGCAACCAUCGUCUUAUCAUGAACAACAGCGAGCAUACGUGGGCGCCCUUGUUGAUGUCACGGUACAGGCCAUUGCAUCCAUUUGGCCCACUGCCAACAAUGUCAACAACAAUGGCGGCAAUAGCAGCAGUCAUCAACAACGUCGUCCUGUUGCCAAUCUCGAACAAUUUCUUUACCAUAUUCUCAAACAUUCUCGCACCACUCAUUCAACUCUACAACUUGCGAUAUUUUAUCUCUUUCGUAUCCGAUCUCGCGUUCUACAACAUCGUCAUGACAACGUUUAUAUUGCAUGUGGUCGACGCAUGUUUUUGGCUUCGUUGAUUUGUGCCCAUAAAUUCCUUCAAGACAAGACCUACAAAAACUUGGCUUGGAGCAAAGUCAGCGGAUUGAGCGUCAAGGAAAUCAAUCAUGCCGAGCGUGUCAUGUUGCAACUCUUAGACUGGUCCUUGUAUGUCAAGAAGGAUACCUAUGAUCAGUGGAUUCAAAUGCUUAAUUGUCACCUAAAGUGCCGCUCCUGCACUAUUGUGGCACCUGCUUCCAAGAAUGCCACUGCUACAACUACUACCCACGCCACUAUCACCAACAACAACAUUAUGAUUCCAACAGUCCUUCAUACCCUUACAAUGAUGUCUCAACGUGCUACGUCCCUUAACGAAGAUACGCCUGCUACGACAACUCCCAUUGCGGCACUUUUACUCACGCCACCUUGUGGUUUAUCACCUGAAAGCUGCGGCAAUAGUACCAUCCCCAUCACCAGCAGCAGCAACAAUAAUAGUAAGACGAUCCCAUCUUUUGGUCCCGGUUCGCAGUAUCACCCCACCACCAAGAUCAUGGAUGGCAAAGCCUUAGUCAAAUAUGGUAUGCCUACACCUGAUCAGGCCAAUGAUGAAGGUAGUCUCGAUAAGCCCAACAACAACCAGCCCAUGAUGGCGGCGUGUGGCGUUUUCCCGUCAUCCUCCUUCAUAUCGAUGAUGAGAUCCCCUGAACGCAAGCGUAAGGCCGUAGAUAUUGAAGAACAUGAAAAUAUCAAAAUGAAAAGAGUUACAUUUUAG